ACGCUGGCUGGGUGGGUGGGCGGGUGGCGGAAGAGGAAGUUAGGAGGAAGUUCCUUGUCGGCAAACCUGUUUUUCUAGGAUAAUCUAGCCAACCUGGCGGACCAGGAGGAAAGUGGCUCGACGAUGCAGGGCAAGGAGAGCCCCGUCGGGUCCAACACCCAGGAGACCCAUCAAUAUGUUGGUCCUUAUCGACUGGAAAAGACCUUGGGAAAAGGGCAGACCGGAUUGGUUAAGCUUGGGGUCCACUGCGUGUUGGGCAAGAAGGUGGCAAUCAAGAUCAUUAAUCGAGAAAAAUUGUCGGAAUCCGUGCUGAUGAAAGUGGAACGAGAGAUCGCUAUUAUGAAACUGAUCGACCAUCCUCACGUACUCGGCCUCUCGGAUGUAUAUGAGAACAAGAAAUAUCUAUAUCUUGUUCUGGAACACGUUUCGGGUGGAGAACUUUUCGACUAUUUAGUGAAAAAGGGUAGACUAACGCCAAAGGAAGCGAGGAGAUUUUUUCGACAAAUUAUCUCUGCGUUAGAUUUUUGUCAUAGUCAUAGUAUAUGUCACAGAGACUUGAAGCCUGAAAAUUUGUUGUUGGACGAGAAGAAUAACAUUAAAAUAGCGGAUUUUGGAAUGGCGUCGCUGCAACCUGCCGGGUCCAUGCUAGAAACUAGCUGUGGUUCUCCUCAUUACGCUUGCCCUGAAGUUAUUCGAGGUGAGAAAUACGAUGGGAGAAAGGCGGACGUCUGGUCGUGUGGAGUAAUACUUUAUGCGCUUCUGGUAGGCGCGUUGCCCUUCGACGACGACAAUUUAAGAAAAUUAUUAGAGAAAGUGAAACGAGGCGUGUUUUACAUACCCCACUUUGUGCCGCCCGAGUGUCAAAAUCUGCUUAAAGGGAUGAUCGAAGUCGACCCGGACAAGAGACUUACGCUGGCGGAGAUAAACAGGCACGUGUGGGUGACGGCGGCAGGCAAGGGAGAGUUGGAACUAGAGCUGUCGAUGAUGGACGUGGUGCAGACGCAUGUUAUUCCGUCCGUGGAGGCAAUCGAUCCGGACGUGUUGCAAGCAAUCGCGAGCCUGGGCUGCUUCAAGGAACGGGAUAAACUCAUCCAAGAACUUCUCAGCCCGAAUCAUAACACAGAAAAGGUAAUAUACUUUCUACUAUUGGAGAGAAAACGGAGAAGACCAGCUUGCGAGGAUGAACUGGAAGUAAUGAGAGGAGGUAUAAGAGGUUCUGCAGGACAAUUGGAAGCAGAUCCACCGAGGAAACGAGUGGACACCUGUCGUGUGAAUGGUAGCACAGCUUUGAAUCUUGGCGAAAUUAGCCAUGGUUCACCUUUAACACCCAGAAGACAGUCGAGUACCAGACAUCACGCGCGUCGUUCACCAAGCACCGGAUGUCACACACAUGCGUCACAUUCCCACGCAUCAACACCAGGCAGCUCGCCAUUGCACGGCUCGAAUGCUGUCGCAGGACUGCUCAGUCCUCACAGAACUCCUCCAACCUCGCAUCUAGGCCAGACAGGAAGCCCUCACAGGUUGUCAACAGUGACAACCGCCGCGGGCAACGGAAAUACUACUACGCCGCCAGUCGUCGCUCCUGUCGCUGCUCUACCCAAUGUGGGAAUAGAAAUAAACGAUGUCCAGCAGGUAGUUGCGGUCGGUGUUACACCGCCAGGCUCUCCCCACACUGGCGCCGGUUCAGGUGCUCAUCACUGGCGAUCAAGGCUCAAUACUAUCAAGAACUCCUUCCUUGGUAGUCCUCGAUUUCAUCGGCGCAAAUUGCUUACAAGUGCCGAGGAGGUACAUCUCACUCCGGAUUCUUCUCCAGAACUUACAAAGAAAUCAUGGUUUGGUAGUCUAAUGACCACGGAGAAAGAUGAAACAUUCACCAUUCUCGUAAAAGGAAAAGUAUUAGCAAGCGUCAAAGCCGACUUGAUACAUGCUUUUUUAUCGAUAGCAGAGUUAUCUCACAGUGUAAGCUCACCCAUGUCCUUCAAAGUGGAAUACAAGAGGGGUAGUACAGCGCCGGCCAUGUUUCAAAGACAAGUCCGUUUUCAAGUAGACAUCAGCGCCAUAUCAAAACAGCCAAGUGAACCAUUGUUUGCCAUUACUUUUACUCUUUUAAGCGGAAACAUUCGAAGAUUUCGAAGGGUUUGCGAACACAUUCAGGCACAAGUCUGCUCAAGGAAUGUAGGAAUCAAUUUGGGAGGUCAGAGCCGAGCAGCGCCACCUAGUCCACGAGCAUCACGAAAAUUUACCACGGAGAUGAGCGAAAGUUCCAGCUGUGGAAGCGAUACUAGCGAACGGUUAUUUCUCAGCCCGCAUCCAGCUACCAGACAGGUAGUCUGUUUCAACAAGGUAGUGCAUCAUCUUCCUCCUCCUUCUCCUACAUACCAUUAUCGCGAUAAUUAUUAUAUAAUUAUUAUAUUUGGAAACGUUAUCGUUCUUCAUGGAAACCAGUUACCAAAGAUCGACUCGGACAUCGAGUCGGAUACAUCCGUAUUCGACGUGAAGUCACCGACCCGUGAAAAUGGCCGCAGAAGUUCGACCUCGACGAACAAUAACAAUCCGUUACCGGGUGACACGACCCCUACACCGGGAAGUCCGACGAAAGCGGUGCGCAGCAAUUCAGAGAGUCAAAACACGCCGGAAAAAAAAUGCGUAACCACGAUGAGCGGCAACAACAUAGCGUGAUACUAUCAGAACUUCCGUUUCGAGUUUCGAUCAAGUUUGAAGAACUUGUGGGACAGCGCCCAGAGAUUCUGGUGAAUCCCUUAUCCGAUCAAGAAAUGAUCCGAGGAACUAACCAGCAACGAACCUUGAAAUGAUGCUUCGACUCAGGAUAAACUUCAAUGAGGCAUUAAGCUAUCGAUCCGAAUAACAAUAAGGAAAACACUUAAUGCGAUGGCGCAGAGGUUAGAAAAGAUACCAUUUCAAGAAAGUCAUAAAAAUAUCUCGACUUUUUUUUGUCGCGAAUCAACGACGUCAAAAGCGACCGAGAGAGAAUUUUAAAAGAGAACCAGUGAUAAACGUUCCUACGAACGAGAAUAUCCAUUUAAAGAAAGAACAAAGUCCAGAUCUGAGGAAAUUCAUUGAGGAAGCACAAAAUGCAAUUCAACUGAUAAAAAAAGGCGGAGAGAAGUUUGUGCUGCCACGCAAAUUGUUCUGAUUAUUUCAUUGCAGUGAUCGCACAGUGAAUGUGUGUAAUGAUCGUUUUGUCGCGGGAAUCAUAGUACAGUUUUUUUAUCUGAAAGUGAAGUGCAAUAGUGACGUUUGUACCGGUAUACUUACGUCGGAUCAUGUAAGAAUGGUUUAUCGGUACGUAUUAUACUUGUUGUACAUCGCUAAUUAGCGAUCUCGUUUUUAUCAUUCCAUUUAAGAAAAAAUCUGAGAAAUUGAAUAGACAUUGAUUAUACAUUAUUUUAUAUCAUGCGAAGCAACUUUUAAUAUAUAUUGCUGAUAAGUUAGCAGCUGAAAUGGAAUAGUCCUCUUCUUUUUUAUAUUAGAUAGAAUAUUUGCAAUAAUUAUUGUUUCUUGAUAUUUUUUUUUAGAUUUUUUUAAUAAAAUAAAUUUAUCUAUUUUCCAAUUCAAAAUAUAAUAUUUUUCUUAUUAAUAGAAAUUUUCGUGAAAAUGAAAUAAAAUAACUUUAAAUGAUGAUGAAAAUAAAAAAAAAAUUUACUGAGUUUAAAAAAGCAAUAAAUGUAUGUCACUUACUCUUAUUUUACUGAAUAUCUGUGUCUUAUAUACAGUCAAAGUUGUUAAAUACCAAGACGAAAUGAUUAUUAAUGAUAGCAGCAGCAUAAGGAAAGAAGAAUAAUUGUUUAUUCUAGAAAAAAUUAAUAAGAUAAUGACGCAACACUAAUAGCUUGACAAAGCUAUUAUCGUCGCACUCUACAACGAAUCAUUAUUUCCUUAUGAAAUACACAUUGCUAUUUUAAUGAUAUUGGCAACUAUUUUAUCCCGAUAUUUGCUCUGAUAUAUCAGAUACUGUUUGCUUAUUGCAAAGUAAGAUUAAAUUUUAUCAAAUCAUUAUUCGACACGAUAAUAAAAAGAUGUAAUAAUUGACACGUCAUAAAAAACUUAUUUUUUACAUAGUAUAAUAAUAAUAGAAGUAAACUUAAAGUUAAUUUUAAUUAUUUAAAAAAAAAAUUAAAGUAAAAAUUGAAUUUAAAUUAAUUAUUUUUCAGUAAUAUAAAUAUAUCUUAUAGAUACAACUUCUCAUAGAAAACAAAAAUAUUUUAUUUUUUGAGCUUUUUAAGUUUUUAAUAAAUAAAAAAAUCAUACAAAUUUAAGAAAUUGAAAAUGUUAUGUAUGUUUAUCAUAUGUUUAUAUAUAUAUAAUAUAUUUUUAUAUAUAUGUUUAUAUAUGUUUAUCAUAUAAAUUUUAUCUAUAAUCAUGAUCCAAUAUUUUGGUCAAUAUGUGUUUAUUUUUAUAAAUAUAUAUAAAAAUCAAUUAAUUAGAUUCCUCGCAACUGCCAACUUACCAAUAAGUUUCUUCGCUCUUUUUUUUUUUAAUUUCAAUCAAUUUUUAAUCAAUUUCUCUGGAUUUUUGAAUUAUAAAUUUAUUUCCUUCCUUCGUUGGAAUGGUUCCGUUUAUAUUGAUUAAUUGCAUAAUCGUUAUACGACUUUGUUACAAAAGUGUAAGUGCUAAGUAUUCAAUUAUUAAUUACAAUGCGUAAAUUAUUCGCUCGUUUCCGAACUGUUGUUCCGUUGUGCACCAUUUCGAAAUUAUAAAUUAAAAAUUAUCUUUAAAUCGAAUUUUAUUUGAAAUUUAUAAUGAAACAUACUGAACAUUUCUCGCGAUAAGAAUGCAUUCACUUUUUUAUAUUUUUUUUCUCCUCUCCAAUAUACAUAUAUAUUUUUCUGGAAUAAUAUAAACAAUAAUAUAAACAAUGAAGUGAUCAUAAUCGGAAACGAAGUCUUUCUUGUUCGCUUGAGGCAAUCGAUAUUUUAUUGCAAACGAGAAAGAGCCGGAUAUGCCUUAUAUGCAAAAAUACCCUAAUAUUGAUUCCGCCUUAAUCGAAUAUAAAGUAAUGCAACUAAUGUUCCACUAGAAGAAAAUAUUAAGUAUUAAAAGUUUCGUGGAAUGCAGCUUCCCGAUUUAAUGAGCAAAAAUGAAAAUCUGAAGAAGAAACUUUUCUUCGAUCGAUGUAUUACAGCAACGCUAUUUUUACAUUUUCCGCGCAAUAAAGAUAAAAUUUUUCUAGUUCGUUUAGUGCUUUGAAAAGAGAAAAAAAUAUCUAAUAUAAACAAAUAGGCACAUUUUUGCAAAGGGGAAAGAAAGUACGAAAGAGAAAGAUUCCAAUAUUCAUCAGUUAUCCAUUUUUGUCCUCUUCAAUUUUUGAAUGGCAAACAAUUCUCACGUUCUCGACCAUGAAUCGUUUCUCAUGCCGACACUUUUAAAUCUCAAAUCUUUGAAUCCUUGAUCCAACAUCUUCUCAACGACGUUGUGAUUGUAGCCAAUCGAUUCUACAUACGAGUCGCUAAAAGCGUCUCUUGAUGUUUCUAUAACUUUUUUGCGAAAUACGUAUGUAGUAGAAAAAGAAAGAAAAAUGAGAAAGGAAACUAGAGAAAAAAAAGAAACGUGUUAAAGAAGAAAAGAAAAAAAUUCACUCGCGGCGCAACGAUCGCGUCGAGAGAUUUAUUUUUUGCACGUACGAGAAAUCAUUUCAAAAGACUAAUAUAUAAAUAAAUAAAUAAAUACGAAUAUAAAAUAUAUAAAUAAAUUAAUAAAUAAAUAAAUAUAUGUAUAUGUAUAUAUAAAUAAUUGUAUAUAUAUACAUAUAUAUAUAUAUAUAAAUAUACGCAUAUAUACACAGAACAUCACACACACACAUACAUGUAUAAGUAAAUUUCACUUACGAGCGACGCGUUGCGACGCGUACGGCUUCUUGUCUGCUACUAAUGUGAAAAUAAACAAGAAAGAAAAGAGAUAGAGAGAGAAAAAUGCGAAAUUGCAAUAAGAAAAAAUAAAUAUUUCUCUCUCUCUUUCUUUCUCUCUAACAUUUCUAUAAUAGAAUAAAAUAAAGAUAAGUGAUUCCAAAAGAUAAAAAAAAAAAAUAAGUAUAAUUAUCGUACACGUUUUUCUCAACACACAAACAUAUCUCAAAAAUAAUCCCGGCUUCUUAGUGGAACGACGAAUGCAUUAUAAACGCGAUAGUAUCGAACCAUUUUUAAUCGAAGGCUCGUUAUAGACGUAACCAAAGUCGAAUCCUGCCGAACGUAAAAGUCUCGACAAACUGAACGUAACACUCUGCUCGCUUCUAAUUGACGAAGUAAAACUCAAACCAACUUCAGAAUUUUAAUUCGUUAUAUUAAAUUUAUAUUAAAUUGUAAAAAAUUUUAAAUAUUAAUUUGAAAAAAAAAGAAACAUGCAUUCACAAAAUAUAAUCUUUCAAAUGCACUCUAUGCAUUUGUCGAUUAGAUGAAAGAUUAUUCAAAAUAUUAUGUUUCACAAUUUUUAUAAAAGAAAUAUAUACUAUAUAUAUAUUACAUAUAUAGUAAACAUAUACUCUAUAUAUAUAUAUAUAUAUAUGUAUAUAUUCGACGCGAAAGAAGCGUUUCAAGCGGAGAAAAAAUGAUUUUUAAUUUUUUUGCUGCUCGAUAUGAUAAUAUAUAGCAAAAAAAAAAAAAAAGAAUCUGGUGAAAACUCACUAUUCUUAUGAUUCUAGUAAUACUUGAUCGAAAUCUUAGCAGCAGAUGAGACGAAACGUAACUAGGCGGGGCAAGACGUUAUUCGCUAAGAUUUUUGCGAUUAGAUAAAUAUAAGCGAGAGAAUUCGAACCUCAAAUGUUCGCUCGAAUCAAAAAUUGCAAUUGUCCCUAACGAUUCUCGCUUUAGAUAUAACUUGUACAUUGUAUCGCACAUGAUAACUCGUUCCUACAUGAACAGCUAUGUACUUACGAAUUAUUGAAGGAAAGGUGUAAUAAGGAUUGUUAUUUCAAUAUUUCGAAAACAAAGAGAGAUUCUUUUUGUCAAUAGAAUUGAUGUAAUCAUUGUUUUUAUUAAGUAAGAAUUUAUCAUUUUAGAAAUAUAAGAACAAUUUUGUUAUAACAUACGCGCGACGUAGAUCAAAAUUUUAGGAUAAAGUUUAUUCGUAAAAAAUUUUUUUUCUCCCCAUAUUAUCACUGCAUUUUUUUUUUUUUUUUUGCUUUGCUUUGCUUUAUAAAAAUCGACAAAAAAAAUUACUUGUAGUAUUUACUCAGUUUCGACAAUAGCAAAAUAAAUAAAUGACAAGUACGAAAGAUCGUAAGAACAAAAAAGUGGAAAGUCAAACGUAAGCCUGAUUUAAUAAGGCGAUUAGAUAACUCGAUCGAUUCGAUAUUCCCUACAUAUUUAUAUUACAACAUUCCAUUAAGAAGCUUGCAGGUAGAAAAUAAAAAAAUAUUGUAUCGUUCGACGAGCGGUAUCUUACAUGCUUCUAACCUAAAUAGAGAAGAAGAUGGAAGCAGCAAAAAACAGGGAGAAAAAAUUCAUAUUAUGGUGUGAAAAAUGAAUUUAAUACGUUUCUUGGAAAUAAAUCGAAUUUUUCAAUACAUGAAACCACAAAUGAAAUAAUAGGAAAUGAAAAACAGGAAAAAGAGAGAAGAAUGUAUGUGUGAAUGAGAGAGAGAGAGAGAGAGAGAGAAUGAUUGUUGAAUAUUGAAGCAAAUCGUUUUUCAUAUAUUUCAUGCGUCAUACAACAUAACACACACACCUUAAUUCAUAAUACAACACUCAUUAAUUCAUAAAUUGACUUAGACGUUAAGCUUGCGGUUAUCUAUUUACUAAUUGCGGAUUAAUGUAAAACCAUUCGUACGAUAUAAGUAAUAUGAACAUAAUUAAAAAAGGGGGAAAACUGAUAGGAGAAUUACGGGAGGGAGGGAGAAAAGAUAUGGGGAGGAAGAAAAAAGAGAAAGAAAUACGAGGACACAAGAGAAACAAAUUACCGGCCAUAUUAAUCUAGGAUUUUAUAUCAUGUGAAUUUAAGAAUGGAGAGAAAUACUAAAGUACUUCGGUGAAUACUCGAGUGAAUGGAUUUCUAUCUGAUAUAUUUCAUUUGCAAUUGGGUGUACCGCGUAGCGCACGCGCUUGCCUCAUCUGUCACACAUAUUGCACGAUGGAUAAUUAGCAAUACUUUGCUACCCAUAUGUCUCUGAUUUAUUUUUCGAUUUGCUUUUGUCUCUCUGUGCCGAUAUGCACUGAUUAUUCAUUUCGAUUCAACGAAUUAUUUUUCAAUUAGAUAUUGAAGAACGAAUGAACAAUGAAUCUCUAUUUAAAUUUUACUUUAAUUAUUCUAUCUAUUGAUGAUAAUUGCUGUAUCAAUCUUUCUUUAUUGUCUUGUUAUAUUCAUUUUAAUGUAUAUCUUUAAAUUUUAUUAAAUUUUAUUUUCAAUUAUUUAUAAAAUGACUUUUUUGCUCAUAAAAAAAUAUAAUAACUUUUUUGUUAAAUAUCUUUCAAUGCAUUUAACGGAAAAAAGAGUCUGAAUGAAAUUCACCGUACUUAUCGCUGAGUGCACAGAAGGCAAGUGUUUUUCCUAGUGAGUACGAGAUUGCUAAACAAAAAUAAUAAAUGCAACAGUGUCUCUUCAACUGGGCAUAAAAACUGUAGGAAUUAUACAAAUUCCCAAUACCGUAUCCUUAAGGCAUUAAGCUAGGCAAAUAGAGAUUUUUAUACAAUUUAUAAGGCGAUUUGCAAUCGAUUGAUUUAUUGCACGUUUACUUGUUGACUUUUUGUUAUACACACAUGGGUACACUGUGCUUUCGAGCUUGCAUCGUAGCAGCCUUGUUUAGAAUUCAAAUAUUAAAUAAAUGAAAUAUAUCGUUAUACAAUUUAAAUAUCAUUGCCAUUGUAUAAAAAUUAAAGUAAUUUUUUCUACUGGAAUUUGAACAUAAAAAAAAUUAUCAUCUUAUUUCUUUAUUUUUUUAGCUUUUAACUUCAUAAACCAUUAUUUUUAUUAUAUUUAUUUUAAAAAUGCAUCAAUAAUUCUGUGGUCUAGUGAAGCUCGAAUGUCAACUGAAAUUAAAAUUAUAAGAUUGAGAUUAAGUUAAAAAAAAUACUUGAAUGUCCUAUACACAGUUUCUGUUUUAUUGAGACAGCGAUUUUUAUUAUAUUUACAACUAGAAAGGUUGUUGCGAUGCAUCGUGGUGCCUAGUAAAUGCAUUACCUAUUGUAAGAUAUUCUCUCUCGUCGCUCGAAGUUUAAAAUAACCGAUUAUUAUCGUGCUUCUAUCACAUUCGUAUAAUUAUCGUGUGUAUUUACGAAUCUCUGCACAGGCAAUUUAGUGCAUGAAACGGAUGGAUUACCAAGACAAAAAAAAAUUGAGGUUAUGCUCGAAACUUGAAGAUUGUCCACAUUUUAUUCACUUACGUUGACUAUCAACGAUUUCGUUCAUGAACAAUGUUCACUUUGCUAAAAUCAGGCUCUCUUCACUGAAACUAGGCUAAUUAUGGCACAAUAACGUCGGUAACAUCAUUUUGCCACUCUGUAUGAACUGAAAUCUGCCAACCUAUUCAGCUCACCAACUAUUUCAAUUAAUUUAUCAAUUAAAAUAAAAAUAUCUUAUUUUCUGAUCAUUUUGUCUUUCAAUUCAUCUUUGAAAAUAUUUAUUGAUAUAUUUUUAAUUAAAGUGAUCCAUUAUAAAAAUGAUUUUGUAAAUUUUUGUUGCCAAUCAUACCAUAUUGCAAAUUGUAUCUUCGUUUAGAUUUAAUUGAUAUCUUGAAAAAAAAUUAGCAAUAUAAAUUUUCACAAUUCAAAUCUAAAAUCUAAAUAACAUUUAACAUUUAACAUAAAGAAACAUUCGAAAAUAUAUUCCAAAUAUUUAUUCGAAAUCGAGAAAAAAAUUGAAUAUUUUUAAAUUAAUGUUAUUAUGAAAAAAAAAGAAGAAGAACAUUGUUCUAAGAUAGAAGUCUGAUACAGUAAGUCAGCGCACUUUCACUUAAUCCAAUCUUGUACGAGUUAAUGACACGAUGAACAAGUCCGAUUAGUUAGUAAAGUUUAGUAAAGGCGUGAAUUUGUAGUUCCACUGUGUUGAUCGCUAUAUUAGAAACAAAAUCAAUUAGAAACACACCCGAAGACGCCUCUUUUCAUGCUAUACUGUUCGCUGUACCGGUUUUCUUCAUCACUUACGCAUAGAUGGCAGUAUGCACUGAUUUUCGAUGCUUUUCAUAUUAGCAUGCAACAUUUUGUUAUGUUAUCAAAAAUUUUCUACCCUUUACACUUGUAUUUUAUUAUUUGCUAUUGCAUAUUUAUAUUUGUCGAUGUCAUAUUCUACAAUAAUAAUAACGUAUUGAAUGUUUUAUAAACAUGUCAUGUAUUUUUGCAAAUACAUACUGUUAUGUAAAACUGUAUUGAAAUUUAGAUUUACAAGUGUAAAGUGGAUCAAAUGUAAUUUUCUAAUAGCCAAUAUAGAUAUAUAAGUAGAUAUUACCUCGAGUCAAGAUUUCAAUCGUUUUUAAUUUGAUGAAAACAAAUGAUUAAAUUCUUAUUAUAAUUAUUGAAUUUCGAUUUCAUUUUUGAUAUUAAUUAUAAAAAAAAUUUUUUUAAAUAAUAAGAAAUAUGAAUAAGAAAUAUAUUGGAAAAGUAUCAGUCAAAAUUAUUGAAAAUUCUUUCUUGAAAAAAAAUUGAAAUACUUUUUGAUUAGAAAAAUCCAUACUGCUAAAUUAUCAAUAUUUAUAAUCGUAGCAACGAAAAUAUUACUUUCAAGAUUCAUUUAGCAAUAUUAUGAUAUACUUUUAAUACAGGCAUAUCUUGACAAUGAAUGUUUCAAAAUCGAAAUGUCGUACACAAGGGAUCCACGAAUCGUAUCUUGUGUCAAUGAGCUUCGAUUCUGAGUAUCGAUUAUAUGUAUUUCGAUUGAAGUCUUUCACUUUAUUAGAAUUUUAACAAUAUAUUAAUUAUUAAAUAUUCAAAAAAAUAAAUGACCAAUAGAUAUGUAUAUAAAUAUAUAAUAAAUAGUGUGACGAAUGUAGGAAUACUUUCAAAUAUUAUUUAAAAUUAAAAUUAAAAGUUUUCAAAUUCGUAAAUAAUGAUAACGAUUUAUUAACGACUUAUUAUCGUUUAGAUUUAAAUUGUAAAAUUUCAAAGUGAAUAAUUUCUAAUAAUGAUUAUCCAAUGUUUUCUUACUUAUCGACAGUUGAUUAAGAUUCUUCGACAUUGUUGAAUUCUUAAUAUGCAAAUAAUAAUCAACUUUUAAUAUUCGUUAUAAUGAAGCUUUUAAUAGAUUUUCGAGGCAUAUUACCUAUUGCAAUACGUGUAUUAAAUGAGUAAAUUAUCAUCUGAAAAUUUCGGGUGAAACAAUUCAUAUCAAAAAUACAUAAUCAAUAUUCUAGUUAAUGGAUCCCAGGAGUACAGCGAUUCGAUUUACCAGUUACGCGUUGUAUGUACCGAGUAUUUAGUAACGUCCAUGACAACUGACAAUAACGGCUGUGAGUCCGAAAAUGUGUUUUCCAAAAAAUAUUCCUUAUUGUAAACCAUUUCGCUUAACUUGUCUGCGUGAGUUUGAACUUUCAUCGAAAUUCUAAUGGAAACCGAUCUAUAAAAAUUACAAAUUAUUUAUUAUAUGAUAUAAAUAAUUCGAAAUAUAUACAAGCUCAUAAAAUAUAAAUUUAAAAAUUAUAAAGCAAAGAUAAUUAUUAUUUGUAAUUGUUAUUUUGAUAUUAAGAAAAUAUAAGUUAUUUAAUUUCAUUAAUGAAAUAUUAAAACAUAUGCAGAAUUUAAAAUAUUAGAAUUUUGGUCGGUUUUCAUGAAAAAAAUUUCGAAAUAUGGAAAGAUAAACUAUCUAAUCGUCGCAUGAGUACAGCAAUAUACAUAAGUACUCACUAUAUGCAGCCGAUUACGACAAAGUUACAAAAUACUUAAUACUGUCGCUUAUUUUGCAAAUAAAGAACAUUUUUAACGAAAGAUGGUUAUGUCGAUUAUUCUUAAUCUGUUCUUAAUCAUUAUAAAAUUAACAAAAAAUUAUAUAUGUGCAUAAUUAUUUAAGAUAUGGAUAUAGACAAGCAAUGGAAUAAUCCAUCAAAUAAUAUAAAUCAAUAUCAAUGAAAUAUUAUAAGUUUCAAAAAAUUAUUAAAAAUUUUUAAGAAAAAUACAUUUUAAUAUUAUAAAUUAAAGAAAAAUAAAUUCUAUUACAUUGUUUCAAAAAUUGAAAUAAUUACUAUAUUGUAAAAUCGACUAACCAUUUUUGAAAUAUAGCGUUUGGCGACGAACUUAUCCAUAAAAUUUGAACGGUUGUGUUCAGAGGAAUUAGGGAUUUGCGCUAAAUUCGAUGCACUUGCAGUAAACUAUUUUUUUACGAAGAAAGAAAAAACAAUUCUGCCCUGAAACUCUUGUUCCGCAUUGUAGCAAAAGAACUAGCUUUUAAAUAUUCAAUUUCUGAAACCACGGCAACGGUGUACGCAUAUUGUGAUUCGAGUGUCUCACGGUCCCACAAAUUAAUUAAACCAUUUCUUUUUUCGCGAUCAUAAAUGCAUAUCGUCUUCUAUUGUUUAGAUUGAUUUAAUUGCAAUUAUUCUACCUUAUUCAAUUUUAUCGAAUAAAAUUUACAUUCAAUUGUUUAAUUACUUUUUAUAUAAUAAUUUACCUGUGAAGGAAGCUACAAAUACAGUGUACAAUUAUACAAUUAUUGUACUAACGAAUACUACUGGUACUUGUCACGCAUUGACUAUGGAUUAUUAUGUAUUAUUAUAAAAUAAUAUCGUUAGUUUUCAAGCAAACGAAUAAACAUGAGAAUGUGGGGAGAUGAAAAUUGUAACAUAUUUGUUGAUGGCCAAUAUCAAAUAUGUAUAAAAGUAAUAAUAAUGCAACAUUACUAAUAAACAAAUAUUACUAA